UCAGUACGAUAACUUCGACCUAGAAAUCUGGGAGCGCUGGGCAACACCCACUCACUGCUCACACGCACCAGACCCGCCCGCAAGGUAGGAGGUUCCUCCACGUGGCGUCUGAUCCUCACUGCCAAUACUCGUCAAUGUCAAUAAUUCCACCGCAUUUUGUGGAGGCGCGUAGCUGUGCAUGAUGGGCCUGGCGUGGGGAGUGUGCUGCUUGUUAGUGGUGGCGGCGGGGGCGCGGGCAGGAGUGGUGCAUCCUCCCGCAGGCCACACCUUCAACACCUCGGACUACCUGCAGCAGCGCCGCGCUAUACUGGCCCAGGAGCAGACUGACAUCUUGGGGCAGGACCAAGUUCUCUCAGCGGAGGAGGAGGAGGCCAACAAAAUACUAAUGGCUGCCAAGGACGCCGAGAUGGAGGACGGCUUCCAGACCCUGGACUUCCUGCCCUCCAAGAACUUCAUGACUGUGAUUCAGCAGAUGGAGGAGUCACAGGUGUUCAAGAUUAUCAGGCAGAUGCCCAAAGGUGCAGCGCUUCACCUGCACGACACAGCCCUUGCGUCAGCCUCGUGGGUGGUGCAGGAGCUCACCUACUGGCCACACCUCUACAUGUGUUACGACACCGACGAUCACCUCUUCUUCAGGUUCUUUGAGAAGCCGGACACAUCCUGCGCCUGGGAGUUGGUGAGCGCCGUGCGAUCUAAUUACGUGGAUCCGAGCGAGUUUGACGCAAUGCUCUUCAGCAAACUCUCGCUUCUCACUGAAGAUCCUAACGAGAAGUACCCAGACAUCAACACGGUCUGGUCCAUCUUCCAGGGUUACUUCAUAGCCAUCACUGACCUGGUCAUGUACCGCCCAGCCUGGGAGGCCUACCUCUACCACGCUCUUGGCGAGUUUGCCGACGACAACGUCCUCUAUGUGGAGUUUCGCGGUACCCUACCUCCUCUGUACGAGCUGAACGGAACGAGGCUCACGGAGGAGGAGUCAGUGGCAGUCUAUCGAGACACAACCCAGCGCUUCGUGAAUGACAACCCGGACCGCUUUUUCGGAGCACGUUUCAUCUACGCUCCGCCAAGAGGCGUGGACAACGCCACCGUCCACGAGUACGUCUCCCUCAUGAAGCGACUCAAGAAGGCGUUCCCCGAUUUCGUGGCAGGAUUUGACCUCGUGGGGCAAGAGGACAAGGGCGAGCCUCUCAUCGCCUUCGUGGACGAGCUGCUGCAGCUCUCAGAGGCAGACAUCAGGGUGUUCUAUCACGCCGGCGAGACCAACUGGAUGGGGAUGGAGACGGACGACAACAUUAUUGACGCCCUGCUGCUCAACGCGUCGCGGAUUGGCCACGGCUACGCUCUGGUCAAGCACCCGGAGGCUAAGGCGCUGGCCAGGGAGAGGGACGUGCCCAUGGAAGUGUGCCCCAUCUCCAACCAAGUGCUCAAAUUGGUGGAGGACCUGAGGAACCACCCUGCGGCAGGCCUGGUGGCAGAGGGCUUCCCCAUCGUGGUGUCUCCGGACGACCCGGGGGCGUGGGGUGCCUCAGGGCUUUCUUACGACAUGUACGAGGCGUUCAUGGCUUUCGGGGGCGCCAAGGCUGACCUCAGGUUCCUGAAGCAGCUCGCCAUCAACUCCAUCAAUUACAGUAGCCUGGACGAUGUCACUGAGUAUGAUCUGAUGUACAAGUGGGUGGAGAAAUGGAAUGAGUUCGUGGCCAAGGCGCCCACACUCCUCGCUGAAAGCACUGUCAACCUCACCGCCGAAGCUGAUCCGCACAUCACUCAGUCCUCCACCUCCACCACUACUUAUGCUCCACCAACGAUUGUUUAAGAAUACAUGUAUUAUCUAUCAAAAACUUUGUGUGCCAAAAGACCUUUGUCAAUUAAGCUUUCAGGAGAAGUUUAUUCAGGAAAUUAGGUGUUCCAGAUGCGUGACAGGACAGAGCUUGCAGCCACUGGGUGUCUCGGCAGCAGCAGUCAGCAGUGUUGCCCUACGUGCCUGGCCAAGAUGACACGUAUGCAUGUACAUGGAUUACAGAAUAACUAAAACCCAUUUGGAAACACCAAAUGCUUGUUUUAGAGGAAGCUAAAAGUAGUUGAAAUAUGGCAUGAAAAUUUGUUGGAAGGCAUUCUUUUUAGACGAGAAGUGUGUCUGUCAUUCAUUUUCUGAAUAUAAGUUAUUAUUUCCUGCACAGCCACCACAGUCCCUUGUCCAUCACAGUCCACUCUGCCAAAUAGUCUAGCCAUUCACAGCAUGACACAAACUCCUGAAAGUGGUAUAUGUAAGAUCUUCACAUUUUCUAUUGAUGAAAGUUUUUGGCGGGCUGCAUGCUCCUCCACGUGACCGCCUACCAGGGCGACCCCAUCAUGGUGCAGUUCCUGCUGGACCGUGGAGAGUUGAUCAUGCAACGUCACACCCAUGUGGUGUUUCCUGCGAUGCAAUGCCAAGCUGGGCAUGGCCACCUGCGUCGUGGCAGAAGGCAAACCCAGUAUCCUGUAUGUUUGCUGUUGUAUUCUACUGGAGUGACAGGGUUAAGGCUUCAAUGACAGUGCUUACUUCAAAACACUGUACCAUUACAGACAAGUAAGCAAACCUUUCUCCUCAAGGUGACGCUGAUGAGACAAAAGGUGAACGAAAGAAAAUCUGUCACUUCCCUCCAUGAAUUAUAACAUCAAUUAUAAAAUCAUUAUUCAUGGUUUUUGCUAACCAUCAAAAUGUUAGCAACAAGUGGCACAUUUCAUUAUUUGAUAUAGUUGCUAGAAGGAAAAAUCUUAUUAUUUUGAAGGGGUUUAUAGACUGGACAUAAGGCAGUUUAUUAUGGGAAGAAGUCUCAUUACAGAAUAAUGUAAUAAGCCAGUAGUCCGUCAAAAUGACCUCUCUCAAAGGACAAGAUGCCCACUGCAGCUUUUAAGUUUUAUCCUUCCCAUACAUCACAUUCACACUUUUAAUCCCGCUCAGUUUUAAAAAAGGUUAAGGGAAUGUAGAAAUAUAGAAGCUUCGUAAAACCACUGCAUGUGAUCUGUAUUGGCGCCUCAACAAUAGGACUACUACAGGAGUUAGCGUCAGCACUGCAGUGUGGUGACAGGUUCUUCUCUCAUUUAUCUCUUUCGAAGACAAGACAAGAGUAUUGUAAAAAGAGUAUAAUGAAAUAUAGAGGAAAUCUGCUUCACUAAAUUUUUUCUUAUUUACAAUAUAUAUAGUCAACAUGGACACACAGCAGAAAUCCAUAUCCAAUGAUGUUACUUACAUACUACAUUUGAAGUAAGAAAAUAUAUCUAUAACAGGAUUUUUCCCCAGUUCCUGGGUGAGGGAAAAUUUGGUGUAGUUGUACUGUAAAAAAAACAGUACAUCACAUUAAAAAUGGUGCCAAGAUUUCCUCAGAAAAUCCAUAAUUAAAACAUUUAUGUAAAAAAGGGAAUCUGGCAUGACUGUCAACUCUGAGAAAAAAUUGGGUGAAAAAUAAAAUGUUUUGUCAAUUUUAUGUAUUUAACAAUAUAUAAAACAAAAAUAUUUGACAACAAAAUGCCUCACACUUGGCACUAUUAAUUCAUGCAACAUUACAAAAAAUUUUUAAAAUUAUCACGUAUUUGGCACAGAAUUGCACAGGUUAGACAACAAUGAAUUUCAGUGACACUGGACCAGCCUUUACCACUACAUACAGUCCGAGUCUUGGAUCACCUGUGAAGGGAUACUCUGAAUGAGGGUAUAAAAUGACAAGAAUAAACAUGCAUUAC